AUGGAGGCGGGGGGAGCCUUGGACAUACUCGCAGGAGCAUGGGGAGCCGGCAAUGCCACUUUCUGCUGGGCCGCUGCCCCUGACGCGCUCACUCUGACACUAGUGGACAUUGCCCAGAACCUGGGCCCCAAAUCAGUGGUCGCCAUCGACGUGGGCAGCCAGGACGAGACUGACCUCUGCGACUAUGGGGACAGCCUCUCAGGCUGGUGGCUGCUGUGGAAACGCCUCAAUCCCUGGGCCCAGAAGGUUAAGGUGCCCAACAUGGCUGAGAUCCAGUUGUGUCUGGCCUAUGUGUCGUGUGUGCGCCAGCUGGAGGUGGUAAAGUUGAGCUCCUACUGCGAAUACAUUUGCCUGCCCAUCGACCGCUUCAAAACCAUGGACUUUAGCAAGUUCGACGAGAUCUACGACAUGGGCUACCAGCAUGGCAAGGUGAUGUCCAGCGGCUGGAGCCGCGGUGACAUCAUUGAGAAGAUGGUGAAGGACCAGCGCUCGGCCGACUUCUACGAGAGCAAGCGCAUGGAUGUGCUGACUUGCCCCAGCGUGGGGUUCACUGAUCUGGCUGAGAUCGUGUCUUGCAUCGAGCCGGCCAAGAGCUACCUGUCCGAUGGCUAUGCUGAUGGUGAGGAAUCUGACUACCUGACGGAGUACGAGGAGGAAGGGCUGGACCCUGAGGGGGGAGAGGAGGAGCUGUUAGCACCGGCUGAGUGGACCCACACUGAGAUGAGGAGAAGAGUCUGCGGCACCGCAACUCCCCGCCCCCGGAGUGAGCCCAGCCACCUGCUCCUGGACUGGGACAGAUGGAGCCUGCAGGCCCAGGGCUGGCACUAGGAGACUGCAACCUGCAUGUUGCUGGGGCACUGGAGCCCAUCCUGCGCUGGAGCCUCCGGCCUGCAUCUGCUGCUGGAGUCCUGAGGCCGGCCUGGUUCCACUCGGUUAAUGGCCAAGGUUCUGCUGGGGUCAGCAGCCAUUCUACAUCUCCCAGUGUGCAGUGGGACCUGGCCUGGGCUCAUCUCAGGGUGGAGUGGCGGCCACUGGGCCCAGCACCCUCCACCAGCGAGUACUUG